UGGAACCCUGCGGGCUUCUGGCAGCGAGGCCACCAGGAGCAGCAGUCCUGAGGCUGGGCUUCCGCGGCGCCAUGUGGGCGUUGGCAUCUGUGCAUCGCUGCCUGUAAGCCCCAGUCCUGGUCACCUCCACCCCCACCCUGGCCACAGGUCCCCUAGGAGGCCCCAAGAUGCUCAGAGGCCGCCCGUCUGGGGCUCCCGGGGGGCCUAGCAGCCGGUGGCUGGAGGACAGGGCGGCCGUGGGGCAGGCGUGGUCGGCCCGGGUGGCUCUCACGGCCUGCCUGACGCUGUCCCUGCUGCUGUCCCCGUCGCGGGCCGUGGUGCGGGCCGUGCUGGACGGCAACUCCAGCUCGGUGGACUUUGCGGACAUGCCGGCGCUGUUCGGGGUCCCCCUGGCCCCCCAGGGCGUGCGGGGCUACCUGACGGAGGCCAGGCCCGCCAACGCGUGCCAGCCCAUCGAGGGCCCGCAGCCGGGGGACAACGGCUCGCUGGGCGGCAUCGUGCUCAUCCGGCGCUACGACUGCACCUUCGACCUCAAGGUGCUGCACGCCCAGCGCGCCGGCUUCGAGGCCGCCAUCGUGCACAACGUGGGCUCGGACGAGCUGGUGCGCAUGGCGCCCGUCUCCGAGGGCCUGCGGCGGCAGAUCGCCAUCCCCGCCGUGUUCGUGGGCGAGGCCGCCUCCCAGGACCUGCGCGUCAUCCUGCGCUGCGACAAGUCGGCCCAGGUGGUGCUGCUGCCCGACGCCCCGGCCUGCCCCGACCCGCACCAGCAGCCUGCGCUGGCCGUCGCCUGGACGCUGGGCCACAGCCUGGCCCCCGUGGCCGUGGCCUUCCUGGUCCUGCGGCGCCUGGGGCUCUGGGCGCGCGGCUGGUGGUGCCGGGCGCCGUCGGUGAAGACGCAGACCCGCCAGAAGGCGCAGGUGAGAGUCUACACGCGCCACAGCGACCUGUGCGCCAUCUGCCUGGACCAGUACGAGGAGGGCGACGAGCUCAAGAUCCUGCCCUGCUCCCACGCCUACCACUGCAGCUGCAUCGACCCCUGGCUGGCCCAGGCCCCCCACCGCGCCUGUCCCCUCUGCAAGCGGCCGGUGGCCAGCUCCGAGGACGGCUCCGACUCGGCCGCAGAGAGCCUGGGCGAGGAGGGCCCCCGGCCCCCCAUCUGGGCCAUCCAGGCGCAGCUGCGACCCCAGGCACCCCGGCUGCUGGCCAGGGCCGCCCUGAGACUCCGCUGCAGCACCACGUCCCUGGGGGCGCCUGAGGGUUCAGCGUCUCCCCUGGGACCGCGGGAGCCUCCUGAUUUCCACAGCCCCUGGCCAGAGAGGACCCGGGGCGCAGAGGGGGGCAAUGAGGAAAGCUUCUAGAAUAAAGCAGGUUUCAACGUG